CAAAAAAAAUCCGUAAACAUGAAGUGCAUCAUCGUUGCAGUCAUGGUCGCCCUGGCCGUUGCCGUUGAGGGAAGCGCCUACGCGUCGUACGCCGUCCCGCUGGCCUACUCUGUUCCACAGACCACAGUUGUCCAGCAGAACGUUGCCCCGAAGUACGUCGUGUCGGGUUAUGCCACCCCGUACGUGGCCUCACCAUAUGUGGCCGCUCCGUAUGUGGCCUCACCGUACGUGGCCGCUCAUGGAUACGCCGCAACUGCUGUUCAUCCGGUUACCUACGCUGCUCCAGCUGCCACCGUGUAUACUCCUCACGUUCAGCAUGAGGCUCGUUACGUCGCUGCUAACCGUGGUGCCGUCCAUGAGGCUCCUUUGGCCGGACAUGCUGUCAACCAGCAAUCGCUGAACCUGGCCCCGGCUCCUGGUACGCUGUAA